AAAUGCACACUGUGCGGAGCGUCCGAGCGCCGCCAACCAGAACGACCCGUUCCUUCCCCUGAUUCCCUCCCACCUCCAGCCUCGCGAAUCGCGCGAUCCGAGCACCGGUCGUCCGGUCCUCGAGGCGUCUCGCGCCGGGGCCCUAAAUCUCCGGUGGGUUUGGUAUGCCCGGAGAAUCCGGCACCGCUUCCUGCUACCAGCGGGGGCGGCGCCUCUGGGUCUGGGGUGCUUGCCCUCCCGUUUCUCCCGUGCAAAUUGCGCUUGUUUAGAUCUUUUGCUGCUUUGCAGGUGGGAAUUGGGUGAUUCUUGGUGUGCGCUACUAGGCAAGACAACAACCACAUCAGCGCGGAGGAGGGGGAAGAGGACGUAUCUCACGGGAGCGAGGCCCGGAGGGAGAUGAAGGAUGUGGCCGUGGCUGGAGAGGAUUGCGUCCGCGUGCUGGGACCGGGUCCGGAAGUACGCGCUUACGAGGAAGGGUGAGGACGACGCCGACACCGACGCCGACGUCGACGCCGUCGCGGACGAGCUGCUGUGGUCGCGGGACCUCACCCGUCACGCGGCGGGCGACUUCUCCUUCGCCGUCGUGCAGGCCAACGACGUGUUGGAGGACCAGAGUCAGGUGGAGACGGCCGCCGCUGCCACCUUCGUCGGCGUCUACGACGGCCACGGGGGCGCCGAGGCGUCCCGCUUCAUCUCUAACCACCUUUCUGCGCACAUCGUCCGUCUUGCACAGGAACAUGGAACAAUGUCUGAGGAUGUUGUUCGAAAGGCCUUUUCUGCUACAGAGGAAGGCUUCCUGUCGCUUGUGCGCAGGACACAUUUGAUAAAACCUGCUAUGGCUACUAUUGGAUCUUGCUGUCUGGUUGGUAUCAUAUGGAGAGGGACACUCUACCUGGCCAAUCUUGGUGAUUCUCGGGCGGUUGUUGGUUGUUUGGAUGGAGCAAACAGGAUUUUUGCUGAACAGUUAACAAGGGACCACAAUGCUAGCAUGGAAGAGAUUAGGCAGGAGCUUAGGUCUCUUCAUCCUGAUGAUUCGCAAAUCGUUGUUCUGAAGAAUGGUGUGUGGCGCAUCAAAGGCAUCAUACAGGUUUCAAGGUCUAUAGGUGAUGCAUACUUGAAGAAGCGAGAAUUCGCUGUUGAUCCAUCCACAGCUCGUUUCCACCUCUCGGAACCUCUCCGCCGGCCUGUUCUGACGUCAGAACCAUCUAUAUCUUCAAGAAUUCUUGGUUCGCAAGACCGUUUUUUGAUCUUUGCAUCGGAUGGACUAUGGGAGCACCUCUCAAACCAGCAAGCUGUUGAAAUUGUCCACAAUAGUCCACGAGAAGGUGUUGCAAGGAGAUUGGUACAAACAGCUCUAAAAGAAGCUGCGAGGAAGAGGGAAAUGAGGUAUGGCGAUAUUAAGAAGCUCGAAAAAGGAGUCCGGCGCUACUUCCACGACGACAUAACAGUUGUCGUCGUCUUCAUAGACCAUGAACUGCGGGCGGAGCAUUCUUCCUCGACCUCUGUUCCUGAACUCUCGGUCCGUGGGUUCGUUGAUGCGGGGGCACGCUCCAGCUUUUCAGGGAUGAACGACAUUACUUGAUACAGUAACCUUGUGUUGCCUAAAUUUCUGUCAUUUUGAUGUAACAUUAGAUCAAACUGGCCUUCUGUAGUUUUCUUAUUCUAUUGGUGUUACUAGCGCGUAGUACGGCAUCUUUGCUUCUAUUAACAUCUGGCCACAUUGGAAUCACAAUUCGUUCUGGCAAUGUCUGGCUACUCUAUUUCUCGUUUCCCCAGCUCUCCUGAAGAAUAAGUUUCACAUCGGUAAAUAUCUAUAGGAUAUUGCUAGCUAAUGUUUUUUCA